AUGGCACAGAACACAGAAGAAAUUGCUGCCAUGAUGGCAACUUUGAGAACCAUGGAUCAAAGGUUGGUCGCACAGGAUGAAGUCAUCGCUGAUCUGCGACGCCCAUCUGGGGCAUCUGCAUCUACUGUACAUUCGGUCCUGGCUGCCCAGCCAAAUCCUAAUCUCCUUCCACCACUGGAAACUCCUCAGGUCCCAGAUCCUCGGGAUAUGUUUCCAACAGCUUCAGCUUACAGACCUCCGAUACAACCUCCUACGGGAACCAUUCCCUUCGUUAUGAAUGAAGUUAAUCCAGCCAUGAUCAAAAUUGCUAGGCUUGAGAAAGCCUUGAAGAAAUCCCAAGGUUUCAAUUCAAUUCCCGACAUUGAGGACGGGUACACUGAGGCUUCAGUCAGGUUGCCAGAAAAAUUCAAAAUGCCUCACAUCGAUAGAUUUGAUGAGAGCGAGGAUCCGAUUGUGUAUGUCCAUCUAUUUUUAGAUGUGUUAAGGCCCACGGGUUUAUCUAGGGCACAAAAACUCUCAUUAUUUGGGAGGACCCUGUCAGAUGUAGUGGCCAUCUGGUACGCCAAACUGGAGGACUCAACGAAGCGGAAUUGGGAAGAACUGUCUGAGGGGUUUGUUAACCAAUACUCAUACAAUACUCAGAUAGAAGUAACAAUCAGUGAGCUGGAAGCAACCACUCAGAACCCCAAAGAACCCUUCAUUGACUUUGUGGCAAGAUGGAGGGAAAAGGCAACCAGAAUGACGAGCAGACCUUUUGAAAAAGAACAAGUCAAGUUAGUGGUCCAAAACCUCGAGCCAGACAUGUUGCAGAAAAUGAUAGUGGCACCGUUGUCCACAUUUGCUUCCUUACAUGAGUUAGGGGGUCAAAUUGAGAGCACCUUCAAAAAGGGCAUCAUCCACAGAACAAGGGAACCUGCAAAAAAGCCAUUCACUCGGAAUACCAAUGCUAGUACUAGCACUAUGCCGCGACCUACAGAUGUCAGUACCAUUGCUACAUCAUCGGCCAAGAUAGUCAAUCCCUUUGCUGUUGCCACAAACUCACAAACCGCACAAAAUAGUCAACCUUGGAACCGAAGACCUUUUAACCCCCUCUAUAUGAGUCCAACCCACACCCUUAAGGUGUUGAUGGACAAGGGGCAUCUCAAGCCUCUUGUUCCUCGCCCUCUCCCAGACUCACUGCCAGCUAGACACGACCCAACCUAA